CCUGACUCAUUCCUAGUUUCUCCUGACUCCAAACCCAUCGCCCACGCUCCCGAAAAUCUUCUCAACCCGGAGACCAAUCUUAGAGCUUGGCUAACGAAUCCGCAUCGAGUGGACGGGGACGUGGGAUUGAGUGCUGUAAGACGGAUGAAUAAAACUGACGCUUUCCGUCCAUCGCGGGAAAGAUCGUCUUAAGAGCCUCGGGAGGACAUCUGUCGACAUGCCUGUGGCUGCUGCCCACACUGAUUCGGCAAUGCAGCAAGUGCUGGACAACCUGAGCGAGCUGCCCAACUCAACCGGAGCCAACGACCUGGACUUACUCUUCCUCAGAGGCAUCAUGGAGAGCCCAAUUGUACGAUCACUGGCUAAGGCUCACGAGAAGUUGGAGGAGACUAAGCUGGAAGCCGUCAGGGACAAUAACCUGGAACUGGUGAAGGAGAUCAUCGAAGACAUCACUCCCAUCACCAAGGCCAGCGAGACAGCAGCCGAGCUCACCCAGAUUCUACAAGAACCGCACUUUCAGUCGCUGCUGGAAGCUCACGACUCCGUUGCAUCCAAAAACUAUGACACGCCACCACCCAGCCCGGAGUCAAUGAUGGACACGGCGCUUAACAACCAGCCCGUGCCCCCAGACGCUGUGAGGAUGGUGGGCAUUCGCAAGACCAAGGGAGAGCACCUGGGCGUUACGUUCAGGGUAGAGGGAGGAGAGCUGGUGAUCGCUCGCAUUCUCCACGGAGGCAUGAUCGACCAACAGGGCCUGUUGCACGUGGGGGACAUUAUCAAGGAGGUGAACGGCAAGGAGGUCUGCAACGACCCCAAGGUGCUCCAGGAGAUGCUCCAGAACGCCAGUGGGAGUGUCAUCCUCAAGAUCCUCCCCAGUUACCAGGAGCCGCAGCCUCCCCGACAGGUCUUCGUGAAGUGCCACUUUGAAUACGACCCCAACACUGACAACCUGAUCCCCUGCAAGGAAGCUGGUUUGAAGUUCGCCUGUGGGGACAUUCUGCAGAUUGUGAACCAAGAAGAUCUCAACUGGUGGCAGGCUUGUCACACAAAGGAGGGUGGGAGCGCAGGCCUGAUUCCUAGCCAGCUCUUGGAGGAAAAGAGGAAAGCGUUUGUCAAACGGGAUUGGGAUUUCUCCACUUCUUCAGGAGGGCUGUGUGGGAGCAUGGGGGGCAAAAAGAAGAAAAAGAUGAUGUAUCUCACGACCAAGAAUGCAGAGUUUGAUCGUCACGAGCUGCUGAUCUACGAGGAGAUGGCAAAGAUGCCUCCGUUUCAGAGAAAGACUCUGGUCCUGAUUGGAGCCCAAGGGGUUGGGAGGAGAAGCUUGAAAAACAGACUAAUCUUGUCAGAGCCCAAGCGCUUUGGAACAACCAUCCCUUUCACCUCUCGUAAGCCGAAGGACGAUGAAAAGGAUGGUCAGGUGUACACCUUCGUGUCUCGCAACGAAAUGGAAAACGAUAUCAAAGGUGGGCGUUACCUGGAGCACGGCGAAUAUGAAGGGAAUCUUUACGGCACCAAGAUUGACUCGAUCCACAGAGUCGUGGAAUCCGGAAAGAUUUGCAUCUUGGAUGUGAACCCACAGGCUUUGAAGGUCCUAAGGACAUCUGAAUUCAUGCCCUACGUGGUUUUCAUUGAGGCCCCAGAUUUGGAUACUCUCCGAGCUAUGCACAAGGCAGCCAUCGACGCUGGAGUCACCACCAAACAGCUAACCGACACGGAUUUGAAGAAAACAGUGGAUGAAAGCUGCAGAAUUCAUCGAUGCUAUAAUCACUACUUCGACUACGUCAUUGGGAAUGAUAAUCUGGACAAGGCUUUUCACAAACUCCAGUCAACUAUGGAGAAACUGUGCAUAGACCCCCAGUGGGUGCCAGUUAGCUGGGUUUACUAAACGCAUCCGGAAGACGAUGGAGUCUGGUUGGAAUUGGAACAAAAACAUCAACCUUGUAGAAAAGAAGUCCUAUGGAGAAUUACCAGCGAAUUUGAAAAGGUUACAGCUGGGCACAGUCGGUUGGCCUUAGCCCUCAUAUUGUUCUGGUUAUCUCAGUCCGAUGGUUCAAUAAAAAGGGUGUUUUUUUUUUAAGGAGAAAAGUCUUUAGUCUCCUGACACCACGUUGGUGUCGGGAAACCCAGUACAGUUCGGAGGCAGUAAUCAAAGCGUGUUUUAUUUGAACUCGAACCCGUUUCACUUCGAUGGGGGAGUUUAUUGACUCAACAAAUUUCUGGGUUUAUCAAAUAGAUUUCAUGAGAUUAGUGAGUUGUUGUGAGUAUCACCCAGACGGCCCCCUAUUUUGUUGCAUUCCUUCCAAGUGAGAACAGCAGUCUUGUGAUCUGCGUUCAAACUCGGAGAUUCAGGUUUGUGCUCAAUUCAAUGUUUACCCACCAGGUGCUUGGUUUAAAAAGUCUCUUUUCUGACCUGCUUUACAAUGACAUAUGUGCAAGUAAAGAAGGUCAGACGUCACAUGGGAUUCAUCCAUCUCCUGAUUUGUUUUAUUCGUCUCCAAGGAUCACUCCAUCGGGGUAGAGGACAGGGUAGCGAGAAAUCCCACCUGGGUCUAGAUUCAGUGGCAUUUCAGUGUCCAGAAAUUUGCAAAUUGCCCACAAAACAGGCAGUUUAAUUCACUUUACAGUG